UUCUAUGGUACCCGAUGUAAAAUCCCGUGCAUACUUCCAAAGAAUAGGUGCACCAAAUGUCCUCAAGAAUGUGAUGGAACAUUCUGCCAUCUGACAACAUCUUGUGUUUCUGGAUGUCAUGACCAAUACUAUGGGUUCAACUGCAAGAGUUGUUCACCCAGAUGUCGACAAUGUAACAGGAAAACAGGCAGAUGUGAUGUGUGUCAUGAUCUUUAUCAUGGCCUAGACUGUGAAUACUCAUGUGAACAUUGUUCAACAACUGAUUGUGUACAGACAUGCGCACCCGGGUUGUAUGGACGUACAUGCUCUUUACGGUGCCACCAAUAUUGUUUGUCUAAUCUUACCGCUAUAACUAAUGACACUUUGACAAAUAACAGUUCCCCCUCCUGCAUAUCUGAAUGUCAAAGAUAUAGUGGCGAGUGUAUCAAUGGUUGUGAAGAUGACAUGUCUGGCCCACACUGUUCGUCGCCAAUUAAAUGUAACCCAAACUGUUUGGGUUGCAAUGAGACGGGUGCCUGUAUUGAAGGAUGCCUGUCUGGUAAUUUUGGAGAUGACUGUAAGCUUUGUCCGAGGACCUGUUUCAAUCACAAAUGUUACCCAAACAACGGGUCUUGUGACAAUGGAUGUAUCGAGGGACAAUAUGGACAAUCCUGUCAACUAUCCUGCAUAACUGUCCGGGAGGUGGCUUCCAUCCUAGUACUGGGAUAUGUGAUUCUGUCCAGAGUGCCAUGAAUGCAGCAACUAUCGGAACAAUGACUGCACUGUUGGUGUUGGUUUUUGGAAUCAUUGUAACAGUGUGCAUGUUUCACUUUAAGAGAGUCGCCGCAAAGAGAGAGGAAUCCCACCAGAUGGCAGACAUCUGUCCCCAAAGUGAUCGAAACAGACAGGGCAACUCAUCUAGGAGGUUCCGAAACUCUGAACAUAUCUACAGUGAUGUCAACGAAGGCGAAAUGGGACCAGUCAUCGUUUUCCUAUAAGUUUAAUCCUUUACCAGAAUUAAUGCCAUACACAAUGUCUGCUGAUAUCGUUGCAGACGCUGCAGAACUAAAUUUCCAGUGAUGCACCCGUAAAUCUUUCCUCCGCUUAGUAUUAAAUUUCACGCUCAAGGGAAUAUGAUCCGGAUAGUCAAUCCUGGCUACUCUCUGAUCCGACGUUAUACGUAUUAUUAUUAUUAACCCCUGUGUGCUACUUGAGCCUUUGGUGUCUUCAAAUCACAUCUUGUGAGGUACCUUCAUAUAUGUCGUUUCUCUAGAUUUCAAAGUACGUCUUGCUCAAAUGUAGUUUGAUGACAAGCUGGAUCAAUAAAUGCCUUAUGCUGGCCCGAUGCAACAAGUUAAUUCGGAUCUUCACAGGGAAAAAGAUAUCGUGACAAGAGAAACACAGACUGAAUGGUGUCAUUAUUUAUACAGUUGAAAUUUUGUUCUGAUAAUAAAAUGCUUUUUCGUGUUA